AUAUACAGCUGUAAUCUUCAGAUUGGAAUUGAGUUAGUUAAUUCUUUUUUCCCAUUCUCUCUCUUCUCUCUAACUGACUCCUCUCUCUUCCUUCUUCCAUUGAUGAACCUCCAUUGUAGGUUCUUAAGCUUCCAUGGCUGAAUUCGAGCUGCUUUUAACAUGGUAUCAAAGCUGAGUUCACAACGAUCCACAGGAAGCUGCUAAGUAAGAUCGAUUCAGUGUUAAUUUCCUUUUUUCUUCUUUUUCUAUUGAUUGUGCGAAAAUCUGUGUGCAAUCGAGUUCUGUGUGCAAUCGAGUUUUCUAUUCAUUGUUCGAUUGCGAUUUCCUUCUAGAUUUCGUUUAGAUUGAAGUUGAAUUGUUGAUUAAUUCACUUGAACAAACUGAAAUGGCACCAGAAACUCCCAUUAAUGUAGUUAACUUGAAUGCAACUGCGUCUGCAUCUAUUAACAGUCAAGUGCUUGAUUGUAAUGACCCGCUGUAUGUUCAUCCAUCUGAUACACCUGGAGUUACACUUGUUCCUCAAUUGCUUAUAGGAUCUGAGAACUACUCCGAAUGGAGUAGAUCUAUGAAAUUGUCAUUACUUGUGAAGAACAAAAUAGGUUUUAUUGAUGGCAGUUGUAAGAGGGAAGAUUACGAAAAUGAUGCCUUUCGAACACAUCAGUGGGAUAGGUGCAAUGCUAUUGUUCAACAAUGGAUUAUGAAUUCAGUAGCACAUGAAUUGAGGAAAGGAAUUGUUUAUUCCUCAAGUGCUCAGAGGAUUUGGAGUGUCCUAAAGGAUAGAUUUGACAAGGUUAAUGCUAGCAAGGUGUAUCACUUGAACAGAGAAGUUAGUAGUCUAUCACAAGGAACAUCUAGUGUAGCAGUUUACUUCACCAGAUUAUGUGAUUUGUGGGCUGAGUUUGAGUCAGUCAUACCAUUCCCAGGGUGUGAUUGUCCUAAGUCUAGGGCAUUUGUUGAGUUCCUACACCAGCAGAAAUUGAUGAAGUUCCUGAUGGGCCUAAAUGAUACAUAUGCUCAUCAGAGAAGUCACAUUCUAAUGAUGGAUCCAGUUCCUAGUCUGGACCAAACUUACUCCAUGCUCAUUCAAGAGGAGAAUCAGAGAAUUCAUGGAGCAUCUAGUUCACAUUCAGGGGUGCUAGGGCAAGCACCAUUGGAGAAUGAUAGUAGUGGUCCAAUAACUGCAAAUGCAUCCCACAUAAGGGGAAAGAGGUUCACAAAUGCACAUCUGAUUUGUGACCAUUGUAAGAUGAAGGGACACACAAGGGAUAGUUGUUACAAACUGGUUGGUUAUCCAUCUCAUUUCAAGUUCAACAAUAGGAAGAAGAGUGCAUAUGAAAAUGCUACUACCAUGCUCCAAUGCCUACAUGAGCUCAGGAAGUGUUGCUCCUAUGGUUCAUAAUGCCAACAUGACCUCAAGUGUAGAAGUCCAGAACACAGAUGGUACCACUGCUCCUGCCCUUACUCCUGUCUUUACAAAUGAGCAAUAUGAUCAGAUUGUGAGAAUGCUAAAAAUGUUGUGCAAAGGAAAAGGUCCAGCAGAUCCCUCAGCUCAGUCAGCAGCUAUGGCCAACAUGACAGGACCUCUACAGUGGCAUGGUGAAGGGGAUUGGUAAGCACAAGGGUGGACUUUACAUCCUCAAUCCUUCCACACCUGCUGCUGCUUCCACUCCUCAGUGCCUUUCUUCUACAGUUCAGACACAGUUCCGUACCCAACAUUCUAUGGCAUCAAAGACUUGGCCAUGCCCCUUUCACCACCUUGCAGAAAAUCCCAACUAUAAGAAAUUUGUUUACUAGUUCAAAGUCUUGUAUUUGUCAUGUAUGCCCAUUAGCUAAACAAACCAGAUUCCUUUCCCAUUAGUACCACAAAAUGUUAGGCCUUUGAUCUUGUUCAUAUGGAUGUGUGGGGUCCAUAUAGGGUAAG